GGGAGCGUUUGCAGGCAGCAGGGAGCGGCGAGUGUGCGGCCGCAAAGGAGCCGUGCGAGGGAAGGAUGAAGGUCUCUCCCCGCUGCCUCCACACCGGGUGCUGACGGAGAGCGUGGGGGCAGCCUGGCAGGGGGUGACCUGCUGUCCCUGUCCCCGAGCCCCAAAGGGACAAGGACGGACCUCCCAGCUUUGGCAGGUCUAACGCAACCCCGGCCCUUUGUCUGCUGACGGGGGCUCUGCCUGAGCCAGAUGUGUGGGCAGCUGUUGCAGGGAGCAGGCAGGCGGAUGACAGCGAUGCUGGGAGGCGGGAGGAGAGUCCAAAGGAAUGACCUUGAGGAGGAACCCAAAGGAUGCAGCAAAGUACAAAAAUGAAUCAUUUGGGGAGGAAGAAAAGACGAAGCUCUGACUGAAGGCACCAGCCCUGGUCGUGGGUGUUAUGUGCUCUCGGCAAGGGGGCCCAGGCAGGGCAGCUGGCGGCAGCGGCUGAUCGGUGCCAGGGGCUCGCAUGGAGCAUCUUCUCCAGCGGAUGCCGCCCCCACCCAGCUGUCGCCCCAUGCCCUGCUCCGGAUGCGCCCUGUGAGCCUUUCCUGCCUGGGAGGAAGCCGGUCCCACCAGCUGAAAAUGAGACACUUCCAAACCAGCUCGUUUCUGCUCUGCGUGGUGGCCGCCACUGCCAUCCCCAUCGUGCCCUGGAAGGUCAAAUGCCCGCCGCAGUGCGUCUGCCAGAUCAGGCCGUGGUACACUCCCCGCUCGGUGUACCGGGAGGCUGCCACAGUGGACUGCAAUGACUUGUUCAUCUCUGCCGUGCCAGAAGACCUGCCGGAGGGGACCCAGACCCUGCUCUUGCAAAGCAACAAUAUCGCCAGGCUUGAGCAGAGUGAGCUGGAUUAUCUCAGAAACCUCUCAGAGCUGGACCUGUCACAGAACAGCUUCUCCGAUGUCUGGGACUUUGGCCUGAAGAGCAUGCCCCAGCUGCUCAGUCUGCACCUGGAGGAGAACCAGUUGGCUGAGCUGCCCGAUGGCAGCUUUCCUGGGCUGGGCAAUCUGCAGGAGCUCUACCUGAACCACAACCAGCUCCACAGGAUCGCUCCCCGCGCCUUCUCCGGCCUUGGCAGCUUGCUGCGCCUCCACCUCAACUCCAACCUCCUGAGGACAGUUGAUAGCCGCUGGUUCCAGAUGCUCCCCAGCCUGGAGAUCCUCAUGAUCGGAGGCAACAGGGUGGAUGCGAUCCUGGAUAUGAAUUUCAGGCCCCUGUCAAACCUGCGGAGUUUGGUUUUGGCUGGGAUGAACUUGAGGGAGAUUUCGGACUAUGCGCUGGAAGGGCUGCGGAGCCUGGAGAGUCUCUCUUUCUAUGACAACAAGCUCGUGAACGUCCCCAAGAGGGCGCUGCAGCAAGUUCCUGGCCUGAAGUUCCUGGAUCUGAACAAAAACCCGUUACAGAGGGUCAAGCAAAGCGAUUUCACAAACAUGCUGCACCUCAAAGAGCUGGGGCUCAACAACAUGGAGGAGCUGGUGUCCAUAGAUCAGUUUGCCUUGAUCAACCUCCCCGAGCUGACCAAGCUAGAUGUGACCAACAACCCCAAGCUGUCUUUUAUCCACCCCAACGCAUUCCACCACCUUCCCCAACUGGAAACCCUCAUGCUCAACAACAACGCCCUAAGUGCCUUGCAUAAGCAGACGGUCGAGUCCCUGCCCAACCUGCAGGAGAUCAGCAUCCACAGCAACCCCAUCCGCUGUGACUGCGUCAUCCGCUGGGUCAACAGCACGGAAAACCACAUCCGCUUCAUUGAGCCCCAGUCCAUGCUGUGUGCCGAGCCCCCCGACCUGAAGAGGAGGCACAUUCGGGAUGUCCCCUUCCGGGAGAUGACGGACCGCUGCCUGCCUCUCAUCUCCACCAAGAGCUUCCCCUCCCACUUAGAGGUGGCAGAUGGUGACAAUGUCUCCUUGCAUUGCCGAGCUCUGGCAGAGCCAGACCCAGAGAUCUACUGGGUCACUCCUUCGGGGGUGAAGCUGAUCCCCUACACAGAAGAUGGGCCGUACAAGGUGCACCCCGAAGGGACACUAGAGAUUCAUGGGAUCUCGGCUCAGGAGGCCGGGCUGUACACGUGCGUGGCUCACAACCUCCUCGGGGCAGACACCAAGAGCGUCAGCAUGAUGGUCAACCACUCCUUCCCGCUCAGCGAGGACAGCCUGGAGCUGGUGGUGGCAGAUGUCCAGGCCUACCACAUCCUGGUUGCCUGGAAGCCGCAUCUCAACACCAUCUCUUCCAACCUCACCUGGUCCAGCUUCUUGCUUAGCUCCAACUUGGACAUGACCAACAUGGCCCGGAUCCCCAUGGGAACCCACAUGUACAACAUCACCCGGCUCCACCAGAACACGGAGUACUGGGCUUGCCUCCACGUGGCCUUUGUAGACUUGCAGGCCAAGGUGGCUUGCGUGAACGCCAGGACUAAAGAGGCUGCCCACCACUACUGGCUCCUGGAGGGCAGGCAGAGCCUCCUGACGGUGCUGGUUCUCGGUCUCCUGCUCCUUGCCGCCAGCCUCGUAGCUCGCUACGGUGUCGGGGGGGAGCUGCUCCGGGGUGCCACGGCCGUGCGCGUGGUCUAUCCCCCCCUCGCCCAGCCCUGGGCUCAGGGGCAGCGCGGGGGGCACCUCCUGGCCGUGGAGGUGCAAGCAGCCCCCCUAGACUGCUGAAGGCUGACACGCUGGUGGGGCUGACUUUGGGGUGGGGAGGGAGAAACUAUUUUUUACCAAAAAAACCCCGCUAAACUACAAAACUGAACAACAAAAAAAGAGAAUUUCAUGGACUUGACCCAGAGUCAAAGCGGUGUGGCAGACGGAGAGGAGCACAGCUGGCCACAGGGCUUGCAGAGCCUCUUCGCGGUCCUGGCAGGGUCUGGAUCCACGCGUAGGGUCUGGAUCUGUGCAUGGCUCCCCAGAGCACCCGCUGGGCAGCCGGGGGGGCUCGGAGGGGCCCUAGCCUGAGGGGGACGAUGCCCCAAGCGGUCGAAGAGCCAUACAGAUGAUCAGCAGAUCACCCUUUCCCCACGUCCCCCUGGCACCAUGAGACACCCCAGCAGUGUCAGCUCUGUUGCUGGACAGUCUCUGUUUUGGAAACACAAAAAAGGCCUUUCCCUUUGGGAUACAUGUUCUUUUUUUGUUUCUUUUCGGUUGGGUUGUUAUUUUUUUUUGAGCACUCAGAUAAUCAGCCAGAAACCCACCCCCAGCACCUUCCCGCUGCCCUGUUGUUUGCUCACUGCUGUCAGCUGGAGGGAAGCAGAGGGGAAAAAGAAGGGGCUUUGGGCAAAAGAAAUAGAAAUUACAACGGUGACACAUCUCUUAAUUGGCAUCCCUGCAGGACUGGCCGGCUUCUGCCAGAGCUGAUUAGAUCCUGUAUCCCACAAGCGCAAUCUCAAGGCUAUUUUGUAAACUUUUGUGGAUAAUGGUAAAAAAGAAAAGAGGAAAAAUGGGAAGAAAAGGGAGAGGAAGUUCUUGCUUUUCUGUUUUUGUAUAAAAAAAGAAAAAAGGAAAUCCUUUGUAUACUGGUGUGCAGCUGGAGGGCUUUGUGGUAGGAACACCUUGCUUCGGAUGCAGGAGGGGCUGGGGGGCUCUGCAGGACAGUCCCUGUGUGACAGCAGCCCCCCUACACGCCCUGUGCAUCGCUGGGCACGUGGCCGGAGGAGAAGGGGGGUGCAAAACCUGCUCUCCUGGGCUGGCUCUGCUUCUUUCUCUGAUAAGCAGUUAAAAUUGCAACUGAAAGGGAGUGGCGGGCAGCACCAGUCCCCCUGGGUUGUGCCAAACCAAGGGAUGUGGCAAACCCAAACCAGUAAGGCUUGAAGGAGCCCUUCCCCUCCUGCUCGAUGAGCACUGAUGCUGCUGGUGAUGUUCCCCUCCCUGGCUAACAUGAACAAGCCAUCCCUUUGCUUGGGCCUAAACCUAAUCCCUGCUUGUCAGAGGUAAGGACUUUGGGGUCAGUUUAACUGCAGCCCCAAGCAAAAUGUGCCUUUACCAACACACAGACAGACACGGCCCCAGGACACCCUGGUGCAGCCCGUGGGGUGGGCAUGGGUGCAGCCAGAGCCUGGCCGGCACCUUGCUUCGGGGUCCUUAGGGAAAAGACCAAGAAUAAACAUCCCAGCCAGACCUGAGGGGCUGACGGGGUAACCGGUACCCCGAGACGUGGUGUCUCCGUGUAGACAUGGUGCCCCCUCAGGUGGAGCCGGUUGUGCCAGCGCAAUUGCUGUGUGCACGGGGCUUUGAAGGCAGCAGAAAACCUUGACAUAGUAAAAAGCUGUUUGAACUUCUCAUUCAUCUUCCAGCCAAGGCAAGAUGGUUCCCCACUGGAUAAGCUCCACGCUCAGCCAGGCACACCAAACGGCUUCUGCGCCUUCACCGGGUAAUUAUUUCGGAGGGUAAUGGCUCUCCCCGGUCCCUGUUCAGCACACCACCGCCGCUCACCAAAGCGCUUCAGCAUGUGUUCAGGACCUAGCAAGAUCUCCAGGGGCCCUAAGCACAAGCUGAAAGUUAAGUGCAUGUUUAAAUACUUUGCUGAAUUAGAGCUGUGAUCUGCUUUGAAUAUUCAGCUGCGGAGCCCCAGCCCCCCCACUCCGCUCAGGUGUGCAACCAUCAGUGUUUGCAGACUCAGGGCCUGAAAGAGCCUUUCUCCUCUGCCUUUUGUGCAGCAGGGAAACUCAAACGCAAAAUAAAUUCCCUGUGGUUCAGCUAAAUCGGUGCUGGAACAUGUGGAAAUAGCUGCUGAGAAAUUUCCCCGGUGUAAACGCGUCCCUGAAUCAAUCCUGCUCAUCCCUGCGAUGCCUGGGCUAAGCCCUGGGCAGCGCCUGCAUCUCCCGCCCCAUCUGCCAUCCCACUCCCUGCAAAAAUCAUCAGACCCCAGAAAAAGCAAGGACCGAGCCCCUUAAAGGCUGUAAUUUUGUAGAUGUAAAGAAAAAGCCGCUUUGAUGACAGUUAUCGUGGCUGCUGCCACCACGCUGGGACGGGAGGUGAAGGUUCAGCCGCUGCCUGAAUUGUCUGCUCUCCCCCAAAGCGAUGCCUGUGAACCAGAGAUUCAAAUGCAAGAUACAUGCAAUUAAUUUGAUUUCCUUUGAAACCGGAGUGACUCAAGGAGCUCUCUGCAGCACACCCGAGAGAGGCACCCACCACCGCAGGACUCAUUUCCCAGUGGGUCCCCUGCACCGAGUGUCCCUGGGUGGGUGCUCCAGCCCAGGCUCCCCAUGGGAGCUGGGUGGCCAAAUCACCCCCCCAAUGCCCCAGAACGGGUCCUUUCCUGUGAGCCACUCCUAUCCCCUCCCUUCCUCCGAGGGCAUCAGCUGAGAGCACCGUGGGUGGCUCAUACACUAUUUAUUGUUGUUAUUUAUUAUUAAAGCACCAACCAGCUUUUCCUGGGCGCUGUGCUGGAGAAAGUGCUCCAUAAACUGUUCCCUGUCCCACGCCUGGAUGGGGCACGUGGAGGUGGAGCAGCUGCAGGCAGAGCCUCGCCAGCAUCGACCCCUGUCAUCCAGGGGGACAAGGUCCCAUCUGCUUGGAGACCCUUCCUCCUACAGAGGCCACAACCCAGUGCACCCAGGGCAGGAGGCGGAAUGAAAGCCAGCCCUUGCUGGAGGAGGCAGGGGAGAGCCAAGCGUCUCACGCCAGCCCCGCAGCACGUUUCACCCUCCGCAUCUUGCAGCCUCCAGCACAGUUUGCUGGGGGGAGCAUCCCUGGCUGCCGCCCUCCCCACAGCACCGAGCCCUCCACGGACGGGAGCGGUGCUCACCCUCUGCAUCAGGAGGUUUCUGGCCAAAAAUGAACCUCAGCAUGUGAAUUAUAGCGGCUGCAAAGUUUUACAGGGCUCGUGAUCGGAACUUACAGCUUGUCCUCUGCCCGGAGGCUGGGUUCUGCACCUAGGGAGGCUUGCUAGUGUGCACGACGGUUAUUUUGGGGUGCCAGGCAGGGGGAAUGGGGCCUUUCAGGCACUGUAAAAUCUAAUUGCAUCUGAAGUUCCCUUCAAGGGGGAGCAGCCCCGGGCACUGAGGUGGGCUCACUCUGCAAGGUCUCAUCUCCCAGCCCAGAGAGCAAGGAUGGGGCAGGAAGCAGAGAUAUUUCCAAAGGGGGAAGGUAGUGUCUGACCCAGGAUGCUCUCGACUAGAGGGCUUUUUAAUCUGCCGCCCAAGGGCAUGGCAACAGCCAGGGCAACUCAAAUGAGAAACAAGCUAUUCAGAUUUUUUUAAGCAGCAGAAAUAAUUAACCACUGAAACAGCCUUACCAGUAGCAGGAGGCAUCAGUCUCCGUUUCCGAGCACCACACAGGGAUGCGGCUCUCAAAGAGAUGCUCUAGUAAACAGGGUCCUAAAUUUCUCAAACCCAAGAGACUGUCACCAAUACCCAACAGCCCUCCUGCCUACUGAGCCCAGGGGUGCUGGGGGCCCAAUAGGGUGGGGGGCGUGAGCAGGGGUGCCCUCCACCACCCCCCGAGGCCACCCUCCCCAUCCCUCUGGGAUGUCAAAGGCUUGUUUAGGAAAUGCUUCUCCUCCAGCCUGUCCCAUCAGGUUUCACCCCCAGGCACGGGUUUCUCUCCCAUAAACCACUCUUUCUUAGCUGUUCAUCAGGUUUAAUUUAUCUUUUUUUUUUAUCACCUUCACUUUGAGGAUAGCAGUAAAAAUCAUCAUUUCUGCUUCUUCUGCCUUCUACCCCCCCCUUCCUCAGUGCAAACAGCAUCAUGGAUCUCAUAUGCAACUGAGCUUCUCUCAACAAAGCCAACAGAGAACACUGCGUGCCAGGCUCUAUUUUAAGCACCUAAUAAAACUGAUUUUUGG